GUAUGCCGCCGGAUAUUUGAAUGUUGGGUAUUUUUUCAAUCCCCAAGCACGUGAAUCUGUCUUUAUGUUGAGUUGUUGCUGUUGAACGAUGCCUGCCGCCUCUACAAAACAAGAAACUAAGACCUCUCCGGAGGCAGUGGACCCAAUGAAGCAGGUCCUCAUUGUCAUGGACAAGAAAGUCCGUAAUUUGGAAAAGAGAAAGGGUAAACUAGAUGGCUACAAGGAGAAGAAGGACUCUGGAAUGACUCUGGAAAAAGACCAGCAGCUGGCCAUAGAUCGGUAUGGAGAAGUGGUGCAGAACUUGGAGUUUGCUAGGGAGCUGCAGAAGCAGUUCACAACACUUGCCCAGGAGGCUGAGCGCUCCAUCAAGAAGCAAGCCAAGAAGGAGAAAGUUGAACGCCAGAAUGUGGAAGUGAAGAGGACAGGAGAUAUUUUGAGAUAUCAAAAUCUGCUUGAUGCGAUGGGGGCUGAGAAAGUCAGAAGUGAUUUUCAGACCGGAAAACAUGGUGCAGUGGUUUUGACAGAGGAGAAUUUGACCCAGUUAGAUGAACUGUACAAGCUUCUUAGUCCAAGCCGAGAGGGUGAGACUAAUUACACAGAGGGACUGGCUAAGGCAUCUGACCACUUUGUCAAUUUACUAGACGGGAAAGACAAACCUGUUGUCGGUACCACCUACAAGGACCUUAAAGUUCUGAUCGACUUGAUUGAUGACUGUGGCUACUUUGAACAUGCUAUGGAGGAGGAGGAAGGACAGGACAGUGAAUUUGUCGUCGUUAACACCACAGAAAUCCCCAAACCUGACUCUGCAGAGGUAUCCAUCACUUCAAAUUCAGUCCAUCUCAUUACAGUGCAGGCAUCUUUACCACCAGAACAAACAGAAGCCAUUGAACAAAGCAACACAGCAACUCCAAGUAACACUGAUGCACAACUAGAAAGCAUGAGGGAAGCAGAUUCUUUUUUCUCCCAAAAAUCAGCGGCACCACCCCAGGAAAAUCCCCCUCUUCAGCAACAGCAGCAAAGUAAUGUACCCUAUCCCCGGCAACGCCCGUUUCAAGAAAUAGUGUCGGAGGUUCAAGGAAGCUGCAUCUUCCUUCAAGAAUCUACCAUCGACAUGGAAUCACCCCAUAUGGACCCAGCAGUCGUAGCAGUGACCUCUCAUCCCAUGGGACACCCAACAGCCACACAACAAUCUGACCCUGCCCAGAUCUCCUCACAAACAUACACCAAUCAAGGCUUCCCACAGGCCAGUCAGCAGAAAUCAGUUUUAUCACAACAAACUGUGGACUAUUCACAAACAUUUUCACAGACAUUACCAAGUGAUUCACUAUUUCAAUCCACGGACAGUAACAGUUCUCCAAUGUCUCAGAAUGUGUUAAAUCAAAACGUCAGUGACAGCACAAUAUCACAGUUUGAAAUGCCCCCACAGAUUCCCAUGCCCCCGGGCCAGGAGGAGAGGUCCCAGGACGUUCAAGCACAGAAGUUCCAGAUGAACCCUAAUGCUGAAAUGUUCCAGUCCAAGAUGCAUUCAGCAUUCCCUGUUUCAGACGAGGGGCAGAAUCCAGACGAGUUUGCUCAGCAUCAACAGGAUGAUCAGCAGGGAGACUACGGUAAUGGAUUUAACUCAGGAUAUCGAUCUCGUGGAGGAUUCCGUGGUGGGCGAGGAGGUCGGGGUGGUGAUCGAGGUGGAAUGUCAAAUGGCUAUGGAGGAAGAGGAAGGGGCAACUAUGGUGGAAACCGAGGGAACUAUCAAGGCUACAACAAUCGUGAUAACUAUCGUGGAGAAAAUUAUAACUCCUAUAAUAAUGGCUACCAAAAGAGAGGUCAAUCCAGAGGUGGUCCAAGGGGAGCUGGACGUGGUGGUCCUAGAGGUGGAUUCAACAACAAAGGAGGAAGUGGUGGAGGAUUUCGCAGCGGCAACAACUCUGGAGGGUUUGGAAAACCCCCCUCACAGCAACAGGCAGCUUAGGCAUUAUUAGACUGUAACGAGUGCUUGCACAACUAUCGGAGAUCUUGACAAUUUUAUAAUUUGUGGACAAUUUAAAUUGGGUUUUUUUAUUUUAUAGAGUUUGAGUUUCUUUUGCAUUUGCUCUCUGACAUGUCCAUAUGUUACAUAUUUCUUUUUGUCAAUUCAUGUUCAUUUUUUGUUACCUGUAUCAAUGUUGAUUUUUCUUUUCACCCGAUUUCAUUACUUUUAAAUUUUCCACAAGUUAUAUAUAUGGUAGAAGUUUUUGUUUUAACAGCAUUAUUUUAUUUUUUGUGGGUACUGAAAGAAUUUUCCACAAAUACUUCUGGUUCUGUGCAUUGUCACCUUGUAGGUGUGGUAGGGCAAACUUCAACAGCAAUCAACAAAAAUUGGAUUAAAGACUCAAAACUUGUGAAAACAAAAGCUGCAGCGUAAACAUGGAGCCGUUUUCUGGUAGUAGUAAACAGAUUACACAAAGGUGUACUAUAAAAUGUGCUUUAUAUCAGUCAGUGCAUUGUACUGGUCAUGUGUUUACUACUACUCACAUUGAAAGUAACUUUAAAAAAAAGAAUUAAAAAAAAUAGGAAAAAUUGUAAAUCCUCUGUACUUGAAGAAAAGCAGUCCUCAUGCUUUCUUUUGAUUUUAUAUUGUUUGGUCCAUGAUAAUAGAUGUUGGUGUGUUAAAACAUCGGACCUUUACAAUUAAAAUUUCAGAACUUGA